AUGCCGAACCGGCGAUCACGUUCUGGGUGUUUGCGCUGCCGAAAAGUCAGCCGGAAAUGUGACGAGGAGAAACCCACCUGCGGUCGGUGCGCAAGGCUCUCCGUCGCAUGUGACUAUCAACCUCGACUGAUCUGGAGGAACGCGACAGCCUCGCGCUCGGAACACAGGGUCGCCGUGGUCCUCGAAUCUGCGCCAAAGCGAACAAGCAGGCCACAGUCGAACCUUGGCUCAACGAGACCAGACGCUUGCACAGAGCAGACAGUAACCGACCUGGAAGGCGUUCGGGAAGAAGAUGAGGAAUCAGUCCUUCUUAAUCGACAUGAAUCACGGACCCCUUCUCCUCUUCCCGCACCACCCCACAAUGAGAACAGAGCUUCAAACGCCCCCUAUCGCGCCGAAGCGAGUGGCUCAUCCGGGUCUUUACCAGGUCCGGCGCCACCGAGUGUGAAGAUCAUCAACUUGCUUGGCUGGAAGUCGGUGAAGGGCAUGAGUACCGACGACUUCGGAACUUUUCAGGAAUUCAUCAGUCACGGACAACGAGGGCUUCAUUUCUCGACCGAGCCCAACAAUCCAUUCAUGGACGAUUUGCUCCGCAAAUGCCAGCGAUCCGCGACAGUCACGGCGGCGGUGCUCUCGUUUCAAGCCAGCCAGAACGGCAAUCAUGGAAGCCUGGUCAAGUUUGAUAAAGUGAUCAACCGCUACCGUCAAGCUUUCUCCAUCGAUGAUGUAGAAUCCCUUACCGCCGCGGGCGGAUUAAUAUGCUGCACCUCCAUGCAUCUGGGUUACAGCUGGACAUUCCAUAUCCCCAAAAUGGUACGCCUCGGCCAGCACGCCGGCCUCACAAUCAGACGUGUGGGCGAAAACGCAUCCACCAUGCUCGAAGCGAUUGCGACCAUUGACCUUGACGCAUGGGUCAUCGGGCGCCAGACCAAGACCAGCCACGUCUGGUAUCGGUGGUGCAUGGGCGGAUCGGGCGUGGAGCCCAUCAGCAAUUUGCCGCGCUCGCUCCUCGAUUUGAUUGCGGCGGCAUCUGCGGGCGUCGACUGUUCAAACGAAGUUAUGCAAUGGUCACCGUCAACGGGUUUGCUGGAAACGUCGUCGGUGGCGAAGCGCCAUAUCUGGCAAGCGUAUGCUCUCGCGACCCGGCUGUUCCUCCACCAGAAGAAGAUCGCCGUACUGGAGGGCGACACCGCAAUUGCAGCUCUGACACACUGUUUGACGCAGCACAUCACCAGCUUCAGGAGUGCUUCGGCUUUAAACCCAGCCUUCAAUGCGAGGAUGACCCUCUGGCCCCUGUUCGUUGCCGGCGAACACUUCGCCGACGACCUGACCAGAUUCUUUAUACGACGAGCGUUGGCCGACGCUGCGAUGAAUCAACAUUCUCGGUCCGAGAACGCGGUGGGUACCAUCCUGGAGGAAACGUGGGCCAGGAAUGCUCGCGGCGACAUGGUGACGACAGACAUGGUGGCAAGAGAGCAAAAUAUCGAGGUUGGCAUCUGGUAG